AUGAAUCCCAAAAGCAACGUCACCGAACUGUUGGACAAUACUUUUCGCACUUCGUUUCCGCUUGAUACUACCGUGGUUAGCUUGGUCGUGGGUCUAGUGGUGGUACUCACUACUUACUGGAUCACAAGCCGCAAGACCUCCCCAGCCUCCACCGCCAAUCCAACUGCUACCACAUCACUGACAAAGAAACUGAUUUAUGGUACGGAGAACCGGGGUCCGUUGCAAGUGAAACCAGUGUCCCCGGACUUUGAGUGGGACAAAGUUGAACCAUUGAAACUGUAUCCAUUCAAGGAUGGUGACUACAAAUUGACCAUGGGCAUCAAGACUAUCACCGCUGACGACUGGCUUUUGAUUGAACCUACUUAUAAGCUGAGAAUUGAAAAUAAGCGCCAAAUUAUCCGCGAUCAACACCCAGACUAUGCCCACCGUUCCGAUAUCAGGAAGUCGACGGUAUUUUGUGCCGGUGAUGGAGAGGAUCUGUUACGUGAGUUCUACGACACAAUCAUGCAUUAUAUGACACUGAAGUACCCGCAAUAUUUCGUCGUUGACGGUGAUUAUAUCCAUAAUAAGAUCAUGGACUGGAAGUUGCCACGCAACGCGGGAGACCAAACUCCAGACCAAUUGCUUAAUUAUUUGGUCGACACUAUUGAAGAAGACUUUAUCAUAUUGAAGAAAGACCCUACACAAAUUGGAAAAGUUGAUGGUGAUGAGUACCAUUUCAAAGCCGGGGUAUUUGCUUUUGCCGCGGGGUUUAACCCCAGCGACCGGUUCAAUAAGCCAUUACUGUUUAUCCACCACCCGAUCCCGGGCUAUGAAGAAAAGCUCAAAGUGCUGAUGAACCGGUUCUUCAGUCGGCUUGCUCCAGGAAACUUUGUUACCCGUUCCAACUUUUCCGUCCAAACCCACCAUAAAUUUUACACUGAUGACCAAAACAAGGGCCACAACUCACCUAAAGAUUAUCUCCAGGAGCCGCUCGACUACGAUAAGUGUGAUUUUGAUAACGAAGUGCAUUACCGCAGUGAACGCCAAGUACUCACAAAACUCCCUAAGACUGAGGCGGUGGUUUUUACCAUCCGUACCUACUUGAUGCCAAUGUCCCAUUUCAAAUAUGAAACCCCAGAAGUACGCCGUCGGUUUGCUGGCCAGAUCCGCGGUAUUCCCGAUGACAUCGGCCAGUACAAACGCAGCUGGGAGUGGGGGCCCCCGGUGAUCCGCUACAUGGAAGAACUCAACGAGCAAGCGGCGGCCGCCUGA